AUGGAAAUAACUACAUUAAAAGACUUGAUCAUCAAAUAAAUGCUUGAUUUACAAAGUACAGUGUAUAGUGUAAUCCCUAAAUUGCCCUCAAUUAAGAGUUCCAACUAUUAGGAAGGAGUAUUAAUUGGAAGAAUAUUGUUAUAGGCGAAUGAAUAAAUUUAGAUAAUAGUCCAAAAACUUAUAGAUAAUUAAAAUACUAUGCUUACUAGAAGUAAAUUAAAAGGAUCAAAUAUCCAUAAUAAUUUAGAGCAAAACCCUCUAAAAUAGAUUCAAUAUGAAAACCCUCCAAAAUAGAUUUAAUAUGAGUCUAAUUAGAAUAAAGAGAAAAAAUUAUCAAUUAAAAUAACUCCAGAACCUAAUAUAGACAGACCUUGUUGUUUAUGUUAUGAAGGAAAUGAAAACACAUGCGGCAAAAUUAUUAUUAUACCAAAUUCUCUUAGGAAAUUAUAGGCGCAUUCCCAGUGCUUUAAAAAUAUAAAUAAUCCAAAAUAAAUAGAAUUUGAUAAAGUAUAUUUAUUAUAUAGAACAUAAGAAUGUUCAAUUUGUGAAAAAUAAGGGGCAUCAUUUGCUUGUGAGAAAUGUAAUAGAAAAUAUCAUUUUCCAUGCUUUGUUGACUCUAACUAAGAAGGUAUACUUUAAUGCAAUUGCUAAAAAUCUUGA